CGUUAAUUCAUUUUGUAUUAGUGGCCCUUUUUUUUUUUAAAAAAAAAAACAAAUAUCUACUGAUUCACAUUGUCCUAAGGUGAAGAAUCUUUGUUUUACAAUAAAGCAGACUAAACCCUUUGUCUGAAACCUCGCGCUUGGAGAACCUGUGAAUUUGAAAUUUUUCUUUCUGGUCUCAGAUCAUACAUACCUUGGAAAAACCGCCCAUGUUUUGCCUUAGGAAAGUAAUUAAUAAACACGCUCAUCUUGAGAAUGAACUUUUGCUGAUAUUUCGGUGUCAUCGCCUAGGUAGAAGUGGAACCAUACAAGAUUUGGGGUCACGUCGAUAUAAAGGUACAUCAUCACGUCGAUGGAUGGAUAGACAAUCUGCUGAUCCAUACACUAAGAAGAGUUUGGCUGAUGGAUAUAGAUCAAGAGCCGCUUACAAGCUCAUAGAGAUAAAUCAGAAACACAAGAUCUUCAAAAAGUCAACUAAGAAUAUAGUUGAUCUAGGUUUUGCCCCAGGUGCUUGGACCCAAGUGGCUCUUGCUGAAUUUGCAAAAUUAGGUCUAAGUCCCAAGAUUCUAGGUGUGGAUCUAAUCAAUUGUGCUCCUCCGCCUGGAUCCCAUUUCAUAGAGGGCGAUAUAUUUUCUCGCAAGACACAUCAAGAGAUUGAUUCUUUUUUUUCAGAAGAAGGAAUUGAUGUCGUUCUAAGUGACAUGAUGUGUAACUCCACAGGGAAUGGUGAGCUAGAUCACUAUGGCAGCAUGGACAUUUGCGAGGGUGUGUUAAUCUUGACUAAUAGACUUCUUCGCCAAAAGGGCACUUUGGUGAUGAAAUAUUUCUCGGGAUCUCAAGAUCGAGAGAUGCGCCAAAAACUAGAGAAAAUGUUCGAUAGAGUUUUCACAAUGAAACCGCAUGCUUGUCGCCAAAGUCUGAGAGAAAUGUAUAUGAUAGGUCUUGGCAAGAGGAUUCAGAAAAGUAACAAAUUGUAAAACAUAUCCGUUCUCAUGUAUGAUAUGGCGUAAAAAAGGAGAACCAAGCCAUUACAUGAAGCUCACAACAUCAUAUAUAGCAAAUACUCUAUAGCUACAAAAAUUAGACGUGAGA